AUGAAUAUUGUCAAACUACAAAGAAAGUUCCCUAUCUUAUCCCAAGAAGAUUUGUAUGGGACCAUUGAAAAAUUCAGAGCCAUUGAUAUCAAUGAUAAUGGCUGGAUUGAAAAACAACAAGCUUUAGAAGCUGUUUCAAAAUCAGGAGAUGCUACUUAUGAUGAAGCAAGAGAAACUUUGAAGAAAGUUAAUGUCGACGCUUCUGGCCGUGUUGAAUUGGAUGAUUAUGUGGAAUUGAUUGCUAAAUUGAAGGAAAACUCCACUGCUGAUAAUACUCCAGCUCCUCCACAAACUUCUUUUAAAAGCACUGCUCCAUCUAAUCCAGACCCUGUUUCACCUCAUCAUCAUCAAACGGGGUUACAACAUAAGGGGACCGGUUCCAAUGCCAAGAUUAUUGUUGCUGGUUCUCAAUCAGGUACCACUCAUACCAUUAAUGAAGAAGAAAGAACAGAAUUCACUAAACAUAUUAAUAGUGUCCUAGCUGGUGAUCCAGAUGUUGGACAUUUAUUACCUUUCCCUACAGACACUUUCCAAUUGUUCGAUGAAUGUAGAGAUGGGUUAGUUCUUUCGAAAUUAAUUAACGAUUCCGUACCAGAUACUAUUGAUACAAGAGUGUUAAAUAAAUCCAAGAAUGGUAAAAGAUUAAAUAAUUUCCAAGCUAGUGAAAAUUCCAAUAUCGUCAUCAAUUCUGCUAAAGCUAUUGGUUGUGUUGUUGUUAAUGUUCAUUCAGAAGAUAUUAUUGAAGGUAGAGAACAUUUAAUCUUAGGUUUAAUUUGGCAAAUCAUUAGAAGGGGUUUAUUGAGUAAAAUCGAUAUUAAAUUACACCCUGAAUUAUAUCGUCUGUUAGAAGACGAUGAAACUUUAGAACAAUUCUUAAGAUUACCUCCAGAACAAAUCUUAUUGAGAUGGUUCAAUUAUCAUUUGAAAAAUGCUAAAUGGGAAAGAAGAGUCACCAAUUUCUCUAAGGAUGUUGCAGAUGGUGAGAAUUAUACAAUCUUAUUGAAUCAAUUGGCACCAGAAUUAUGUUCAAGAGCUCCUUUACAAAUCAAUGACAAAUUAGAAAGAGCCGAACAAGUCUUACAAAAUUCAGAAAAAUUAGGUUGUAGAAAAUAUUUGACUCCAAGUGCUAUGGUAGCCGGUAAUCCAAAAUUGAAUUUAGCCUUCGUAGCUCAUUUGUUUAAUACUCAUCCAGGUUUAGAUCCAAUUGAUGAAAAUGAAGAAAUCCCAGAAAUUGAAGAAUUCGAUGCUGAAGGGGAAAGAGAAGCAAGAGUCUUUACCUUGUGGUUAAAUUCCUUGGAUGUAGAUCCUCCAAUUGUUUCUUUAUUCGAAGAUUUGAAAGAUGGGCUGGUAUUAUUACAAGCUUAUGAAAAAGUUAUGCCUGGUGUCACUGAUGAAAAACAUAUUAAUAAAAAGAAGAAUGCCGAUGGCGAAGUUCCAAGAUUUAAAGCUUUGGAAAAUACAAAUUAUGCUGUGGCUUUAGGGAAAUCUCAAGGGUUUUCCUUGGUUGGUAUUGAAGGUUCAGAUAUCGUAGAUGGUAACAGAUUAUUAAUAUUAGGUUUAGUCUGGCAAUUGAUGAGAAAGAAUAUUAAUUUGACCAUGCAAAAAUUAUCUUCAAGUGGUCUAGAUAUGAAUGAUUCACAAAUAUUGAAAUGGGCACAAGACCAAGUCGCAAAAGGUGGCAAAUCUUCUACAGUUAGAUCAUUCAAAGAUGAAUCUUUAUCAAACGGUAUUUUCUUAUUGGAUGUCUUGCAUGGUAUUGCUCCAGGUUAUGUCAAUUAUGAUUUAGUGGAACCUGGUAAUACUGAUGAAGAAAGAUACGCAAAUGCAAGACUAGCCAUUUCUAUUGCAAGAAAAUUGGGUGCACUGAUCUGGUUGGUACCAGAAGAUAUCAACGAAGUUCGUUCAAGAUUAAUAUUAACUUUCAUUGCUUCAUUAAUGGCCUUGAAUAGAAAAUAA